CACUCCCCGAAUUUCUACUCGAGCCCUCUUUAAUAUAUUCCUUUCUGCUCUUCCAGUUUCCCCAAAUAUCUAUCUAUAUAUCUAUUUCACUCUCUCACGUUUCCUUUCAGUUGUUUUACAAAGAUCUCUGUUUAUUCUGCAAAAUUUGGAGGAAUUUUCUAGAAAAUGGCGAGACCUAAUCAAGAAGCAAUCGAUACAUUCAUGAGCAUUACUGGUGUUUCUGAAACCACCGCUAUUCAAAAACUCGAGGAGCAUGGUGGGGAUCUGAAUGAAGCUGUGAAUGCACAUUUCAAUCAGGGGGACAGCAACAGAAUACAUGCAGCACCUCUUGCUGCUGCUCCAGAUGAGGAUGCUAUGGAAAUAGAUGAUCCAAUUACAGAGGAAUUUCGCGGACCUCCCUUUUCAGUUCUUUCCUCUUCUAGAAGUCCAAAUCCUUUCUCCCUUCUUGAUCCUAAUUUCACUAGAAGUAUGUUUGACACCGAUCUUACAAGCCGUGCUCCAUUUGUUUCACAUCCGAGACAAGUAAGAGAGAUCCCUAUUGAGGUGAAGGAUGGGGAUGGACAAUCUGGUCAUUCCAGAAAUGCUCCUAUUAUCGAGGAUGUUACAGACACUGAGCAGACCCAUGGCCCAGAAACACGUGGGACUGUCAUAGUUGAUGACGAUGAUGACGAAGUAGUUCCAAGUCCUCUGUCAACACAUGCUGCUAGGCAUCGUGAUAGAACAAAUGACGUUAUCUUUGACGGCGACUCUACAGCAGCGUUUUCAAGACCGAGUGCUCCUGGUGACAAUGUCUUGCCUGACUAUACCAAUGAUAUUGAGGAGGAAAUGGUUCGUGCUGCUAUUGAAGCUUCCAAACGUGAUGCUGAAAUGUCAAACCAACAACUUGAUGUCAAUAAUGAUCUAAGGGAUCCAACGCCUCAACCAAGGCAGUCUCAUCUAGAGGAUGCUCAACUUGCGCAUGCAGUAUCUUUGUCUUUGAAGACUGCUGAGCAGGAGAAAGCGAUUCAUGAACUAGGAAGCAAAGCUAUAUCAGAACCAGAAGGUUACAAGCCAGCUGAGGAGGAUGAGCGUGGAAAAUCUAUAACCUCAAAUGGAAGGCAAUUUAGAUCAGAGGUGGGGAGUUCAUCCGUCCCAGAUGAAGCUGAAGAUUUGGAAGAGGAACCACUGGUUUGGCGCAGAAGAAAACCCAUAUCUUCAGGUUCUGAAACAGCCCAAGAUAUCGAAGAGCAUGUUGUUAGCCCAUUAUCAAGUCCUCGACAGCAUGAUAAUCUUAACCACUCCCUGAGAAACGGGGCUGACUUCCCUUCUGAUGAGUGGGGCGGCAUCUCAUCCCUGGAACACGAUGAAGCUGUCAUGCUUGAGGCUGCAUUAUUUGGUGGAAUACCUGAGGGUAGUGGAUAUCGUUUGCCUAAUGCACCUCAUCAGCUUAUGCAGAAUGGUGUUGAGGGACCCAUGGGUCCUUAUCAAUGGCGCAUGCCUCGUCCCCCGUCACCCUCUCUUGUGGCCCAGCGUUUACUUCGGGAACAACAGGAUGAUGAAUAUCACGCUGCAUUGCAAGCUGAUAGAGAAAAGGAAUUGAAGGCCAAGGAAGAAGCUGAAGCUGCUCUUGAAGAAAAGAGGCAGGAAGAGGAGGAAUCGCGAAGGAAAGCAGAGGAGGAAAAGGAAAUGGAGAGACAAUUAGCAGCAAAAGAAGCUUCACUUCCUCAGGAGCCAACAGCAGAUAACGAGAAUGCUGUGAAUCUUGUUGUACGUAUGCCAGAUGGCAGCCGCAGAGGGCGGCGCUUUCUCAAAUCUGAUAGAUUACAGUAUCUUUUCGAUUACAUUGAUGUUGGCAGAGCGGUCAAGCCCGGCACAUAUAGAUUGGUAAGACCUUAUCCUAGGCGUGCUUUCAGUGAUGGAGAGAGUGUCCUCUCUCUGGACGAACUGGGGUUAUCCAGCAAACAAGAAGCGCUGUAUCUGGAGAUGAUAUAAUUUAUUUAUUCUGUAAAGUAGUUUCAAAUGGCUUCUAAAGACGUAGAUUAUACAUGGGUGAAAAUGGUGUUCGUGGGUUGGUUUGUUUUGGUUGGUAAACGCGGCUGCUAAUUAUCUGGUUGGUAAGGAAAACGCCAAAUGAUUACCUUGGUGAGGAGUAUGACAAUGAUUCAUGGUGCCUUUUCUUUGGAAAUAUUUGUUUGUUUGAAAAUUGAAAGAACUUGCGAAGCUCGUGAAAUGGUUGCUACUGUUUUCGUUGUUUA